GAGAGUUUAUCAUACAAAAGGAGAUCACACCAUUCGUCCAUAUUUUUGUGUAAUGUUUUGAAGUCUGGUUUCAUCACAGAAAUCUUGAAGCUAAGGUGUUGGACAAACUGAUUCACGGCGUGUGACAUUCAUGUUCGUCAUAUGGUCUAGAAGUUGAAUAUCUUGUAGAUCUAGAGAAGGGAUGCAAGCACGUCCUUAUAAAAGAUUUUGAAGAAGCCGUAACAUGCCUUUGAAGAGGACUCAAAUAGUGUUUGUGGCAGGUUUGAAACGGCCGUUGCAAAGGGAGGUUAACCUCCGCAGUCCCUCCUCCCUACCGGCUGCCUUCGCCCUUGCUCGGGAACUUUCAGCUUGCCACUCUGAGGCAGCUUUGGUCUACACCCAAGGGACACGCCGCGCCUGGACUCCUCAACCUCCAUCCAAUUCAGCUGCGUCCAGCCCCGGUCUUCUCCCCACUCCUCGCCCGACACCGGCUGGCCCCAAAACUCCCGGCCCUCCUGCCACUGCGGGUUUACCCGUUGUUCGUCUGACCGAUGGGGUCAAGGCGGAACGCAACAAGAAAGGAUUAUGCUGGUAUUGCGAUGAAAAGUACACCCCGGCACACAACUGCAGACGUCGUUUUCUUCUCCUAAUGGGCCCCGAUGAUGAGGAUUCAGAGCCGGAACCUCCCCCCGCGGCAGACCUGGUGGACGACGCGCCGAUCAUUCUCGGUGAUAUUUCAACUAUGCAUUCUUUGGCCGGCAGCCCUAGCCCGCGGGCCUUAAAAGUUGCUGGGUCUGUUAACUCGGCGGUGGUCCAGGUCUUGUUAGACAGCGGCAGUACUCAUAAUUUUAUCCACCCUACCGUUGCGAAACGUUUGGCUUUGGUUCUACAUCCGGUUACACCGUUUCGGGUCUAUGUUGGGGAUGGUGACUCCUUGCGCUGUUCGUACUCGUGCCCGGGGACUCCUCUUCGGUUACAAGGCCACCUCUUUGAUGUCGACUUAUAUUUGUUGGAAAUUCAUGGGCCGGACAUUGUGUUGGGAGUACAGUGGCUUCAAACCUUAGGGAAGGUUUCACAUGACUACGCCACAAUGACAAUGGAAUUUGUGUGGAAAGGGGAAACUAUUAUCUUACGAGGUGACACGGUUGAGCCUCGCCCGAUUUCCUACGGUCGGCUGUGCUCUUUGGCACGGGAUGCAGUAUCUUGUGAUCUCUACGAACUCACCACGGCAUCCUUGGAUUCCACAGUGACGGAGGACGGCCCAGCACUGCCGACUGACUUGCCACCGGCGGCCCGCUCCCUUCUCCAGACCCAUGCCAGGCUCUUCGGCCUCCCUUCGGGUCUGCCACCAGCAAGGGUGUGGGACCAUUGCAUACAUUUAGUCCCGGGGGCAAAGCCAAUCAACGUUCGGCCAUACAGCCGAAAGUUGGGUCCCCGUCGUCGAGCCGCUUCCACCUAUCACAAGGAGCUAUAUGCAAUAGUGGAGGCCGUUCAAAAGUGGCGGCAAUACCUCCUUGGUCGUGAAUUCGUGAUCCGCAGUGACCAACGCAGCUUGAAGGAGCUCCUGUCCCAAGUAAUUCAGACACCGGACCAGCAGUUUUAUAUCCGGAAGUUGAUGGGGUACACAUUUCGGAUUGAGUACAAGAGCGGGUCCUCAAAUAAAGCGGCCGACGCGCUGUCCAGACGCAAAGAGGAAGGAGAUGCCGCGGGUGUUUUUGCAGCGUACGCACGUCCAAUUCCAUCCAUCUUGACAGACAUUAAGCGCGAGAAUGAAAGUACCCCGGAGAUACAAGCCAUUCACGCCGGGAAAGCCUCACCAGAUUACACCGUGCAGGAUGGGGUUCUGUACUACAAACGGCGGCUGUACAUAGGGGCUGCUUCUCCUCUCCGGGCACAAUUUCUACUUGAAUUCCACAGCACGCCUCUCUCCGGUCACCAAGGCGUGGAGCGCACCUUCCGAAGAUUGGCCGACGUCUUUUACUGGUGCAACAUGCGACGGGACGUUCGUCACUUUGUAGCCGCAUGCACCGUCUGUCAAGUCACCAAGUACUCCACACAGAAGCCUGGAGGUCUGCUCCAGCCGCUGCCCGUGCUGGAUCGGGUUUGGGAGUCCGCAUCCAUGGACUUUAUUACGGGAUUACCCCCGUCUCGCGGCCUCACAGUAAUCAUGGUGGUCGUCGAUCGGCUGUCCAAAUACGCACAUUUUGGUGCUCUGAGUCCCGGGUAUGAUGCCCCUAAGACAGAUGGGCAGACGGAGGUCACCAACCGCGGCUUGGAACAGUAUCUCCGGGCCUUUGCACAUGAACGCCAGCAGCGUUGGUCAUGGUUUCUCGCUUGGGCAGAGCUGGCGCUGAAUUGUUCCCACCAUGAAGCCCUGGGCAUGUCCCCUUUCCAAGCUCUCUAUGGCCGCCCUCCGCCGUCCCUUUUCCCGACCUUGUCUAUCCGUGCGCGGACCCCCACAAUUGAGGAAUUGUUGCGGGACAGGGCUGCCAUGCUGGCAGAAUUGAAGCUACAGUUGAAGAAAGUGCAACAGCGGAUGCGGGACCAGGCGAACCAGCACCGCCGGGACGUUUCCUUUGCCGUAGGGGAUUACGUCCUUCUCAAACUCCAGCCGUACCGGCAGCACUCGGUGGCACGGCCAGUGUCCCUCAAACUGGCCCGACGGUAUUACGGUCCGUUUGAGGUUAUGGAGCGUAUCGGGGAGGUUGCCUAUCACUUGCGGCCGCUAGAGGGGUGUCUCAUUCACGACGUCUUCCACGUGUCGCUGCUGAAGCCAUUUCGUCAGGAGGGGGAAGGGUUGCCGCACCAGUCCCUCCCGCUGGAAUUUUUGGGUGGUCUUCCAGUCUCUCGGCCAGAGGCAGUUUUGGCGCAGCGGACAGUGCUAGUUGACGGGUCUCCGCAAGAUCAAUGGCUCAUUCGUUGGACGGAUGGCUCGCAUGGGGACAAUACAUGGGAACCCGUGGUGGAGCUUCAACGACACUUUCCGAAUCUACGUCUUGAGGACAAGCCGGCUCUUAACCCCGGGGGAAUUAAUACGGACACGAAACCUAGGGUGAACGACGAGGACACAAUCGCGACAAGACGUUCAAAGAGGCACGUGGGACCGCCACCCGAUGGUGGCAGGCUGAACGGGGUGGCCUACGCCGGGACUGUGGCCAGGAUUGUCGCCGUUAACAUAGCCGUAGGCAGUGGAGCCGCCUUCAUUAUUAUUGCCGUUGCUGGACGCCACGUUGUAUGGCAGCUGAUGAAAGUGAUGAGGUUUCAUCAGUGGUCUUUCUUGGCUCACAUGAAUCCCAAAGGAGAAAAGCAGUGCCAGAAACACAGCACAAGUUCAGAGCAAACGAAGGAUGCGAUGUGGGAUCGUAUCGAGGAGAAGUUCUUCACGGCGAUGAACAAGGACGGCUCCUACCGUACCCGGGACCAACUCACUUCCAAAUGGAGCCACAUCAACCGUAAAGUCCGAAAGUUUUUCGGAGUUUACGAGGAAUGCGCCCGGUCCCGGAGGAGCGGGACGAACGAUGCUGAUGUUCUCCGGCUUGCCACUACCUGGUAUCAAGAUGACAGACACCAAGGCAAAGUGCCCAUCGAUCUUUGGAUGAUUUUGAGCCGUUCCCCGAAGUGGCAACAACUCAACAAUCCCGAUGGCGGAUCAUCAAAGAAAAGAUCCUCCGUCGACCCCGAGGUUGAGGUCGACGAUACUAUCGGUUCGUCUGAACAAAUGCCUCCCUUCAACGUUGCGGAUUCCGAUGACGAGGACCCCAUUCCACGGUUGAUUAGAAGAAAGAAGGCAAAAUCCAUUGCCUCGGGUUUUGGAGGGUCCGGCUCUGUUUCCGUUUCUUCUCGCGACGAUAUCGGUCGGGCAAUGGUUGAACAACUUCGGGUGUUCAAUCUUCGAGAAGAAGAAAGGAUGAAGCGAAAGGACCAGGAGAUGAAGCGAAAGGAGCAGGAGGACGAGAUCAAAAUCAUGGAAACCGACCUUUCUACGUUAUCGGGUUUCAAACGGAUGAUCUACGAGCAAAGACAAAGAGAGAUCAAGGCGAAAUAUAAUUUACCUUAGUUUUUUAUCAAUGUAUCUUUUUUAUUAUUGUCAUUUUUUUAAUUUAAUGAAUGUAAUUUUUUAAAUUUUAAAUUAUUAUCGUUUCAAUUUUCUAUAAAUUUAAUGAAUGUAUUUUUUUAUUAUUCGUGUUUCAAUAUAAUUAAAUAAUAAAUUAAUUACAUUUUA